AUGGUUGACUGCGAAGGAGUUUCUCUGGGUUCAUCAUGUGCGAAACUGCCACACUCCCAUUCUGCGGAGAUCUCAAAGACCCCACCACCUGGGGCUCCAAAGAACCCAGGCAAAAUGCUUGCGAUUCGUGUUCACAUGUUAGAUGACAAUAUUACCCUCUUCCAAGUUCAGGCGAAAGCCCUAGGCCGAGUCCUUUUUGAACAAGUUUGUAAACAAUUGAACUUGUUGGAAGCUGACUACUUUGGCUUAGAGUACCAGGAUCAUAAUGGCACCAAGUAUUGGUUGGAUGUUGAAAAACCUCUAUCACGCCAAGUCGGGCUCUCAUUAUUUGAGCCGAUGCUUUAUUUUUGUGUCAAGUUUUAUACCCCUGAUCCAGCCCAAUUGGAAGAGGAAUACACCAGAUACCUUUUUUGCUUACAAAUCAAAAGAGAUCUCGCACAAGGCCAUAUUCAGUGCAAUGAUAAUACAGCAGCGCUUUUGGCUUCCUACAUAGUACAAGCUGAAUGUGGGGACUAUGUGGCAGAAGAUUAUCCUGAUGCCUCUUACCUCUCUUCAUAUAAAUUUGUCCAACAUCAAGAUAGAGAGUUGGAAAAGAAAAUUAUGGAAAAUCAUAAGAAGCAUGCUGGCCAAUCUCCCGCAGAGGCAGAUUUAAACCUUCUCGAAACUGCCAGGAGGUGUGAACUGUACGGUAUGAAGAUGCAUGCAGUUAAAGAUCAUGAAGGUGUGCCUUUAAACCUUGCUGUAGCACACAUGGGUAUUGUUGUUUUCCAAGGCUACACAAAAAUCUACACCUUUUCUUGGGCAAAAAUAAGAAAAAUAUCUUUUAAAAGGAAAAAGUUUCUCAUAAAGCUUCAUCCUGAUGGAUAUGGUUACUAUAAAGAUACAGUAGAAUUUUUUUUCGAGAGUAGAAAUGAAUGUAAAAAUCUUUGGAAGAAAUGUGUUGAAAAUCACGGAUUCUUCCGCUGUAAUUCUAUUAAAAGAGUACCAAGGCAAAGAACUAGAGUGCUAAGCAGAGGAAGUUCGUUUAGGUACAGUGGUAAAACACAGAAACAGAUGGUUGAAUUUGUAAGAGAAAACUAUGUGAAACGCCAAAAUUUCCAGAGGUCACAAUCUUUCCGCCAAUCUAGUUCUGUACAUUCUUCAGUUGCCACCAAUGUUGGUGGCAGUAUUUCAGCUCAUCCUCUCAUUCCUCUGGGAGACAACAGUAUAGUGUCAGCGUCAUGCGGGUCGAUGGUGCUUGCGGGGGUGGAUUCUCCGAGCCGGACCUCUCCUGUGGAUCGGAUGAAUCAGAGUCAUUCCUCCCCUCACACUUUCCGAGACCAGCGUCAGCGCACAGUUGCUGUAGUUGAAGUUGAAGACAACAGGGCGAAUUCACCUACAGAUAAAAGGCUUCUGAACAAUACGCCGCACCACAAGUAUAAUAAUAUCAAUGUUAUUACAUCAACGCCCAAAGUUAAUGGGGUUUCCAUCUCUUCAAACAGUGAAUUAAACUCACCUCAGCUGAGCCCCCUGAAAACACUGAAGGAAGAUUCUCAGAGGAUUCAAGGAAGUGGUGAUACUCUUGAUGGUGAAGUAAAGAAGAAGAAAGUUACUACAGACAGAGCUUACUUCAUUGCGAAAGAAAUGAUGAUGACAGAGAGAACUUAUAGGAAAGAUUUGGAAGUAAUUAACCUGUGGUUGAGAGAUGAAUUUGACAAAGUAGAAGAGAAAAGUAUUACUGAGCUUCUUAGGAUAAUUGAUCCACUUCAUGAUGCACACUGUGCUCUUCUUAAAGAAAUAGAGAUGAGGUACGGAGCUUCUGAAACUAGAAAUGCUAGCCAACAUCGGAUCGCUGAUAUACUUUUAUCUGCUACGCAGUAUAUUCCAAUCUAUGAAGACUAUUUACAUGAGCAUUUAGAUGUCCUAGUCCAAUUGAGUAAAGAUCUUUGUAAUGACGCGUUCGAGCAGGUUUAUACCAAUUUUGAGAAGAAUAAAAUUUGUUACCUCCCCUUAACAUUAUUUAUUUUGAAACCUAUUCAGCGUAUUUUACAUUACUCACAACUUAUUGACCGUCUUAAGAAACAUUAUGGAUACGACCAUCCAGAUCAUGGAGAUUGUGAGGAAGCUGCUAUAAAAUUUGCUGACAUUAUCAAGCAAAUACCUGGAGUCCUUCAGAAAUCAGAAAAUCUUGUGCAAUUGAUCGAGCUUGGAAGAGACCUGAGCGGAUUUGAAGGGACUUUGACCGAAGGAGACCGCCUGUUCAUCAGGCAAGGUUGCCUCGCCAAAUUUUCUCAGAAAAAAGGUUUUCAACAACGAAUGUUCUUCCUGUUAUCAGAUAUGGUACUCUAUAGUAAUCUCUGUGGACAAACAUUCAGGGUUCAUGGUCAGAUGCCAGUCAAAAGUUUGACAGUUCAAGAAAGAGAAGACAAUCCUACCCCUAAUUCAUUUUUCAUUUAUUCUGGAAACAGGGCUAUCACCGUUGGAGCCAACAGUCCUGAGGAAAAAGACAAGUGGUUGGAAGACCUUACCUCCGCAAUAGAUAAAGCUAAAAAAAAUUCACUUAAUACGAGCUUGCUUAGUUUGAAGUGUUCAAGCUCUUCGGAUGAUGUCACUGAAAAAACAGGAAAUGAAGAGGUGGUACGAGCAAUUCCACAGAGGAGUAAUACAACAGUUCAUGUUUGUUGGCACAGAAAUACCAGCAUAAGUUUAGCUGAUCAAAUCAGGGCAGCUCAGAAUCAGCUAAGUGGUUAUCUGCUUCGAAAGUUUAAAAACAGCAAUGGCUGGCAAAAAUUAUGGGUCGUUUUUACCAAUUUUUGUUUAUUCUUCUACAAAACCUAUCAGGAUGACGCACCACUCGCAAGUCUACCCUUAUUGGGUUACAGUGUCACGACCCCCUUGGAAAAAGACAAUAUCAAUAAAGAUUUUGUUUUCAAGUUGCAAUUUAAGAACCAUGUUUAUUUCUUCCGUGCUGAGAGUGAAUAUACUUUCUCUAGAUGGAUGGAAGUUAUAGGAAGUGCUACUCAGCAUAGCGGUCGAAUGAGAUUAUUCAGUCGGAAAGAGAGUACUCUAGAAAGGCCUUAG